AUGUCAGUUCUCUACUUUGUCAAGCGGGUUUUCUCCACCCUUGAUGAAGACUACUUCACUAAAGUCUUUCGAACGUUUGUGCGGCCGGAGUUGGAAUUUGCUAUGCAAGCUUGGAGACCCUGGACCGCUAAGGACCUCAGUAUCCUCGAAAAGGCUCAAGGGCAUACUAUGAAACUUGUGGCAGGACAGGGUUCAGUACUUUAUGAAACACGGUAAGCUAAUCUUUAUCUUUUUUCCUUGAGUUACAGGCAGCAACAUUCCGUAUCAAACGCAGUCAGGACUGCAGCCUUGUACCGGGGGAAUUUUUCAAGUUAACAACAACCACAAACCUAGGAGGCCAUCCAUUCAAACUACGGUCUUGGGAAUAUUUUCAGGCCAAGACUUGGGUCCGGUUUGCCCAGCCGGAAAGCCUUUUAACUGUGAAUAUUUGCCGAUCCUUCAGGAGGGCACCGGCUUAUUGAUGAAGAAGGUCUAGGUCGUAAAUCUUUGAAACGAGACCUUGAGCAUUAGUACACAAAAUCCAAAUUUGGCCUGAUUAACUCCGGCAUAUGAGCCUCUGUUUAUUUCAUGGGAUCGAAUGCAAGAUCGGGACAGAGCUGAUCAAGAUAGACUGCUGUCCAUCCCGCUUAAACUGUUAGGGUUUCGUGCCCACUCCAGAGGAAUGGCCUCUUGGCGUGUCUUAUAUACGCAUUCCGUAUUUUCGACUUUCCUCGCCCGUGCUCGAACUCCUGAGGACUUCCAGUUUAAACCCCUGCAUUUCGUUCUCUCCGCGGGUGAAAAGUGCUGCUUAAGACUGUUGGGUGGUUAUUUUGGAGUGCAGAUUUCCUGUUCUACAGUAGCUGCGCUUUUUCAACAUUCUGAAAGGCAAUUUUUAGCGGUCUCGGCCGGUCUGACCCACGUUUUGAAAGCCUUCAAUACCCUGACUUUCUCGUCUCCUUUUAAAAGUGAUUUCAGAUAUACCUAGAAUAUUUGUCAUGAUGUGUUUUGUCCUUUGGAGUGUCCGAAACAGACUCAGAUCUGCCUUUUAUGGCAAGGCAUUUACUGCGAUCAACUCGAAGAUCAUGUCGUUUAAUCAUACGUACAGAGACUUCAUCACGGAUAUCCCUGCUACGGCCAUUCUCUGAUUUAGGAAGGUUUGAUUUGGCUGGACUUACGUAUAACUCCCCGUCUAUUACGGUCUUCUGAUCAUUCGCUAUUUUCGAAGGAAAGAUUUUUGUUUGUGGCUUGCUGAACUCUUGCUCCCCUACCUGACCUUCUGUGUCUUUUCGCAGUGUUCUGAGACAUGUUUUAUCUUUUGAGAUACCAUCCGGUUACAUUUUUCUUGCGCAGGACACUGGUUGUCAUUCAUACCGACCUCCAGACACCCACUAUUUUCUUUCUCCUCGGUCGACGCAGCUAAGGAAGCCGUGUUUGCGUAAGCUCGUUCUUUUUCCUGAAUUUCGGUUGUCAUCGAUAUCUUCUCCUUGGGUAUAUAGGGAGGGAGAUUGCUCAAAUCCUCCAUAUACAUUUUAGGCCCUUAAUAUCCUUCUACAUUUCCACAAAUUUUUGAAGGCGUCCGAAGCACGUCGUACGAGCUUCGUCUUCCUAUACGACUUCCAUCCAGCUUACAUACUCCUUUCUCGUUUGGCAGGAGGUGAUAUAACAGCGAAAUCAACAGAGUUGCAGUCAUUUAUUACUAAGAGUAACUUUCGCUCCUUUAAUUAUUUCAACUCAAACAGCAUUUGUCGACAGGCUAGUAGUAACGUCGUUGCGGGUCUAAAUCCAAUUUGUGACGACUUUUUCCGAAAUUGUCCUGAAGGCCUUUUGUCGAUUCUCAUUAGUCAUUCAAAGCAUAUGCAGUUAAUUCAAGGCAUGAAACGAAGUACGUUAGCCAGGUCAGCUGUGGAAAAUAAAUAACAAAACAACUCAGUCUUUUCUGGAGCUGGAGAAGUUUGUCCAGGUGUCAGAAGAAGGUUUGUUGUUCUUAUUGAAGUGCAAUUGUAAAUCUGUGAAGGCGAGAAAAUUGCUCGUUGAAGUCCGAUUCUUACUAAUGGAAAAAUACUAAAACGACCAGAGGACUGGAAUUCCAAAGAAAGUUAAUCCCUCGGAGACGAAAAAUUAGAAAAUUUAUUUUGAAUUGCGCGCACCGUGCCAGUUCUGCCAAUCAACACAGACUAUCGUAAGCUCGUUGCAGUCAUGAAGCUUGCUGGCUUUUUCCAGAAUUGUUCCACUACAUGAAUUUUCGGUUUACUCGGCUUGGAGGCGUUUUUAUGCCAUUAAGUCCCAGGAAAAGUCGUACAUUAUGUUGGGAUUUGUUGUCGGGGUCAGGGCCACCGUCAACAACCAUCAGCACCACCUAUGGACCGGCCUGUCUGCUUUCUUAUCUGAACCCACUUUGCUUCGCUCGAUCACGGAAACCAUUUCUUAUCCUAUAAUGCAAACUAACUUUGUCGGUCCACACUCGCCUUUGACGUUGGAACCAAGACUUUGCUGUGGAAUCUCACCAUCGAAUAUGACUUCAUUACCUGAAAAUAGACUCGUCUUUGCAGCAAAUUACGUUGUUUGGUACAGUAACUGCCUGCUGUUGAUCAUCGACUUAUUCUUAAUUAGAAGUCAGACUUAUGGAUUCCAUAAGUUCAUACUUGCAAUGUUAGAAAAUCGAUCUCCUUUUACUGUACCACAUAUAAAACUAUGACAACCACUCACGGCUUCAAGCGCAGAGUUGAAGGCAUAUAAAUAUCACCGCCAGUUUAUGAAUGGAGGUUGACUCAUCGAUAUUCCUGUAGAAAGGUGAGAAAUUAAUACCAUCUAUUGGUAUUAUUGUCUACAUUUAUAAUAGUAACUAAUUUGAUUAUUGUUUUAGGCCAAACUCUACGAAAUAUGGCCUGCGAUUGGUUUUCAAUAAACAUUUUUGUGUAUGGUUAUAACCAAAGUAUACUAUAUUCCUUAACCGUAUUCCUUAACUGUUAGUACUUUGGACUGAACACUAAGAUGAUGAUUUUCCCAAUCAGUGGCAUACAUUACGUUCAAGAUGACGGCAUGGUCUAUACGAUAUCAUAUCAUAUAUAUGUCGACAUAUAUAUGAUAUCAUAUAGUAUGCCAAGUGUUACUUGGCAGCGCGCGCUAGCUAGUUCCCGCGGGUACUAGCUUAAACCCCAGACACCUCCUUUGCCAAUAUUGUAUCGCUGUAUGGCACAGUAGCGAGGAGUUAGAUUAAUUGGUGUAAAUUUCAAAAUUGCAGUAUCUAUCAUAAAUCAAACAGGAAAAGCUGAGUGAACCAGUGGUAUGAGAUGAGUGAUAUGGUACGAAAUGAGCACAUUUUGCAUAACGAAAACUUGGUCAUUCUACAACACUCAAGAGUCUCCGCUCCUUUCAAGUUAAUUGAAGAUGCUUCAUCAAAAGUGCCAGGUCUGUGAAUGUGUGCAAGUGUAUGUUCGCAGCAGACAUGGCCUGGCAAAUAGUCUUUUAUUUAUGACUGACAUCUAAGAACCCCGUUUGGAUACUUAGAGCUUCAAAGAAGCAUUUAACGCAUCGAAUAAAAAUAUUCAGGAAGGGCGGAAAAACAAGCCUCCUGGUAUGAACGAUAUGCAAAGCCAAGGCGACAUUGCAACCACUUGCGGAAAAACCUGCAGAUACCUUAUUCAACAAAUAUGAAUUACCGAAAGCGUGAAAAUUGGUGGUCUAUUUAUCAAGCUUGAUUUAGAAAGAUUAAAUAGAAGGUCUUGUGUAGCGUAUAAAGGGCUGCAUUGAUCAAACAUACGGGUGAUGAAACGGAUUAUUUUAUCCAAAAGUUCAGAGCGGACUAACUAGAUCGACCAUAUACUUCCAUGUAAGCAAGUAGGAAGACUUUCCAUUAAAUAAAUAGGACGAAUAAGUACUGUAUUUUGCUGGUCGUUUGGGAAUUACGCCAACUUGUUGCAGACACUAGAGUUAUCGUUUGUUCAUGCAUCGUCAGAAGGUCCAAUGUCAGCUCAAUUGUCCUUCACCUUCAGCAUAAUCUAAACCGCUGGCCAAUGCUCUGCCGUUAAACAGAGGAAACGCAACCGAUACAACAGUUUGUGUAAUGAGACAUACUGAAGAAUGUGAUCCCACAUUUUUCACUAUGGGUUGGAAAACACCUAGGUGUUCCGACAAUAGUAAGGUAAACGUAUUCAUUAUUGUUCGAGUCCGAGUUGAAAGACAGUAUCCAUUUGAUUUUUAACGUCGGCUUAUGCAACUAAACUACCUUAUUAUCGGGUGUCCAGAGGUUCGCAUUGAUCCAUUUUCGGAGGGAAUGCGGUUCCGUUUAAGCACACACAGAGUUGAACAAAUUCAACUUCUGAGGAUUGCCAGAGGUUAGGUCACGAAUGUUUAUAUCCGCAUAUUUUCGUAGUCUGUCGCACAACUCCCAUAAGCAGACACUGUGUUUGGCAGUGUCUAACUGAACAAAGUUUUUUUCCUGAUAGAGGAAUAGUGGUUAUUUGAAGAGUAAAACAUCCGUCAGCAGUGUUAUUUUAUACGACAUGGUGCCUGAUGAAGUUGUGUGAGGCAAACGUAUACAUGCUCCUGAAGCUCCGUCAGCCAUUACGCCGAAUCCCACCACUAACUAACUGACAGGCUCUGGCAGUUGACUAGUGCAUGGAGACGGAAGAGCAAAAUCGACACUGGAAAACCAGUGCCCAAGCUACAUCAGCGCAUUACUCAUUUUAAUAAAUCUGUAGCGCUCUAAGACUAUCACAGUGCACGAAGGAUCGUGACUUGGGAAUAGCCCAACGGACUGGGUAUUUCGUUCCGCAUAUUGAGUACCGUGUGUAUCUGUGGGUUGACUGGCUAGCCAACUGAGUGUCAAGUCCAACUUCUCUUUCUUAUUAUGGUAUUUAUGACAUUCCAAUGCGCAGGAGGCUCGAGCCACCUCCCUUUAAAAACCGGAAAAGCGCUUCAUGGACUAGGUCAUUUGUAACAUACGUAGGCCGGCUGUUAAGUUUUGCCAGUCAUUGCGACAGUCAUUGCAACAAAUGGCUGACAAGCUCGUACAGUCAAAUGGUUCAUGCUAAAAGAAAGAGAGAGGCCGACUCUGGGAAUCCAUUUCCACGGCACUUCAGCGCAUCCGCCAUCAAUAAGUCGGACGUGCAUGCAUCUGUCAUGACGCGCUAAAAGUCGUGACCUGGAAGACUGGCAACUGAUGGAGUGACUUGGUGCUCCUGCUCAGUACUGUGUGUAUGUUGAUUUAGUAGCUGACAGUCAGAGUCAGGCUGAGUGGUUUCUUCUUGAUAUGGCCACUGGGACGCUUUCACACACAUGAGAUCUGAGUCAAUUUUUUGUAAAUACCUAGUUAAUUGCGCAAGGACCAGCUCGCGUGUGACGCACGUAGAAGGACUGGUUGGCUUUGUCAGGCACUGCGCUCGAGCCGCCUCCGGUCGUCCUGAAUCUGUCUUUCCAUCAGGUCCAGGUGGAUGAGGGAGGAGACAAUGCGAAAGAUGCUGCAUGAGUCACCGUCCAGCACCCAGCAUUUCGUGAGGCACGUGGGAAAUAUUGUUGCAUGCGACAUUCGACCUGCCAGUGAAAAAAACUCAUGCAGCAUUUGCCACAUUGUCCAUCCCCGACCCAACCCGGUUAAAUGAAAGCAAAGUAAAGGCGGCUGAAUGUGGUUGUGGGCGCAGUGGUUGAAAAAGCUAAAUAGUCACAUAGGGGACGAUACUAUGACGGCCAAAUUAAGAAGGAAUAGUUGCAGCCUGACAGUCUUCGGAAGGACCGAGUUAUCCUGUCAGUCGGCAGACCUAUAAGGCCGGACUCUUAGCACGUCGUGACAGAUUCGGGCGUCAGAUCUAUCAUGGUGAAGAAUGUGUUGAUUCCCCUGUGUCGAACCCACUCGCUAUUGCCUCUCCUAAGCGACAGUCGACUGCAGCUAACGCGACGUGAAGGCCUACGUCUAGGGUGGGCCACUCGCAUGUUCAGCAGUGGUUAAGGGCUCUCACGGAAUCGACGCCGCCUAAUUAACUCCUGCCGACAAUCAGGCGGACCCGCACCUUGGUCCAGUGCAUCUACAGCGCCUUGCGUUAUGGGAGGUCACGGUGCACAAUUAUGAACAGCAUUAACAAACCCGAGGAUAGGGUGCUAUGAGUGUCCUAAGAUGUUUAUCAUUACAAACUUCUGGAAACUGCAUUAGGACAUGCUGUCGAUGACGCAAUUUGAAGAAGUUCUCGACAGGAGUAAAAGGACUGAUUAUUUAUGCAAGCUUGGGACACCAAUGGAAAAAAUGCGCAGUAUGUAAAUAAGAAAGUUUAUUCACCUUGAUGGUUUGCGCCGGUGGCAAGGAAAGUGCACAACUACAUUUCAGAAAGCUGCCAGACGCAAAGUGACUGCAGACUACGUGUCAUGUUGAUCAAGGUCGUGAUUAUAUUUUAGUAAAUUUUUCGCUCAAACUCCUAUGUAAGACCUUGACUGGAUAUUGUUAAACUUUCGCCUUUUGCACCAAACGCGAAAUGUUGUAGAACGAUGACGGGGGAGAAAAUGCUUCCGACGCCUUGACCUACGUUACUGUCUACUCUACGAGAGAGGAUCACCUUACAUCAACGAAUGCAGUCUAGUCUUAAAAACUCUGCACUCAGUCGCCCCUUGGUUCCGUUUAUCUGCUGCUAAUGCAUGGGCUCGUCUAAUUCGCGGUGCGACCAGUUUUAGCUAAUUAAUCCUUCGACGAUGACCUCUGACGCACAGUAUUCGCUGCUUCAGGCGAUGAUUGACAAGCUGGCUUUAAUGAAGUCGCAAAAACUGGGUGUUGUUAUCACACCAACUGGUUUUGACAUUCUGGCGCGACGUCAGCUCUGCCCCUUCUAGAGUGCUUGAUCCUUUGUGUACUCUUUUCAAAAGUAUCUUCACCGAGAGACGCUUACACGCGGUAGACUUACUGCUCUUAAUUAAGUAGUGUUUCAUCGAACGCUCAGACAUCGUCAUCGAAGUCUUAGCUGCGUUAUAAAUUAGUGACUCUUGGUUUGUCGUUUGGACACUUUCGUAGCGCAAAAUAUCCUGGAUUGCUCAAUGUUCUCCUUUUUGCCCACGUAAUUAUUCUGAUUUAUGCAUUUAUUUUAUUGGAUACAUUAGGGAAGAUAUUUAGGAACAAUUUGAGAACACCAGAAAGACUCUGGAACUGUUUUAAGAGGUGAUUUUUCUAAAAUUAUAAGGCUAAGUAUUCUGCCGACUUUCAGUCUGCAUUGAUUUCCAGGCUUGAGGUUACUUAACAAACAUUUACUGCCAGAGACUAUUUAGAAGUGUUUUAUGUAUCGUCGAGUUAUCGUUGUGUGAAGAUAAUGGAAAAUUGUUGCAACAUUGGGAUAGAGUUAAAUGUGAUGUGUUUAAUGUUGGAGCGAUAGAAAAUAAUAGGGGUGUCGUGCAGGACUGAAUAAAAAGAUUAUUUCCUUGUGCCGUCUCCAGGACAUUUUCCAGACGCCAGACUGAAAAGAGCCAUAAGUCGCGGAACAGUGAAAUCAAAGGGAAGACAAAUAAUAGUUGGAUUGACAUUUCUGGUCUCGUUAGAUCAUCAACUAUGCCCCUACAACGAUCCACGUAGGGGCUGAGCUAGAUCCACGUGAGGGGUAGGUUAGAGCGCGGCAAGCGUUAUUAGGGCUACGCAACCAAAAAGAUGCCACACGUUUCGCUAAAAAAACCAUGCCUUGGAAGGCUUCCAACUGACGAAACAACUCGGCCACCUUAAAACGGUCAGUCAGGCUGGAGUGGCUGCUUCCUGAUGUGGCUGCUACGCCACCACAGCCGAGCCGCCCCCUUAUUUCUGGGAAAUCCUGUUUCGUCUUGUGCGGACGCGUAGACGGGUCGUCUAACUUUGUCAGCCAGUGCGCCCUCUCCCGCCUCCGGUCUUCCUGACUCUCUCUUGGCACUGGACUCAGGUGGGCGGGGGAGAAGAGCGUGUGCUAGAAGCUGCACAAAUUGUCUAUCACUAUAAACAAAUCCACGCGCAGAUCACCGCCCUGCGCCCACCAUGCAGUUGGGCACACGGUGGACAUCAUCGUUCGCGAUAGCUGGGCCGCAGGUUUUGACCUUAAGAUUCCUGUGUUCCCUUUUGCAAACAGGUGAGAGCAGUGAAAGCCGUCGCCCUGCAAACCGGACUUUAUAAAUCACGGCAGGCAAACCGUGUGUGUGUGUGUGUGUGUGUGCCUGGCGAUGUCCCGUGUAGCACAAGUCUAACUUAGUGGUGGGAUGAUUCCUGAUUCUACUCCCCGAUCUUCCCGAGAUUGGCUCAUGACUCAAGUAUAGGAAAAGUAUCAAUCCUACUCUUCCCUUUCCUCCCUUCCACUGUCCCGCUCCAUGUAUGCAUGGGCUAGAGCUUAUUCAGAGUAAAAGGCAAACGCAGAAUAAAUAUCCAUGCUAGCCUUCCUUCUCCCUCGCACCCUCCCCCUCCAUAGGUUGCAACAUGUUCAAGGUGAAAUACAGAGUCAAACUGAGACUAUAAAUAGGAGCCUUGGAGGCAUGGGAGCAGGUUUAACACCUUUGGGUCACAGUAUAUGCUACGAGCUCGCAGGAGUUCACUCACAUUGGAUUCGGAUGUUUCGCCUUUAGAUGUGGCACGCGUAUGUUGACUGUCGAAUGCAUCUGUGAAAGCCCCUGUUUACUGAAUUUGUUUAUCUUCUUUUAACUAGGCUCAUCUGGAAAAAAUGGAGCAAAAAUCGUCGAUUUCUUUUCUCACACUACGUUCAAAGUACUUAAAUAUUCUUGCCUCUAUCUUGAUGUAGUAUCUUGUUAGUCUGUGGAAAUCCUGUUCGUUUCCUAUGCUGAAAAUGCCCCUGAAACGCCGCAUAAAAUAUUCAACAGUGAGAUCAUCCAGCCGAGAAUAAUGAAGAUUGUUCUUUUUCAGUCAUGGACCAAUGGCGGACAUGUUCCGGAAUAUUGCUCUCAAGAAACAUUUGGCGGCUUUUUGCUGACAAACAAAUACGACGUUUAGCCAAGCUUCCCAUUCAGCAAGGAGAGAAGCCGAAAGUUACUACAAAGGCUGAAGAGGUUUUCAGUUCUCUCAGGGAUGGUGCGUGCUUCCCCUACCAAUUUUAUCAAAAAUUAAGGUUCACAUGUUGCAAUUCAGGGCGUAGCAAGUACACCGGACCCUUUAAUUAGGGACUUUUGUGAGUACGUCCAUGCCCGAAAUCUCAAGAACGUACAUAUCUACACUACGCUACCUUUUGGCGAAGGCCUUUUUGUAAAAGAACCGUAUGCCUCGCAUUUUAAAACAACAUUCUUUUUCCUGGGUAAGUACUUUCUGUAAGCAUAGUGAGUAUGCAUCAAAUUAAGGUUCUGUCGGACGCAAGGAGGUCAAUUCAGGAAAAGUUGACUAUGCACCAAUGUUCCUCAAUGAAGUGCCGCGUUUUUAUCGGCGAAAAUUGAUUGAUCUUGAUAUGUGCAUCAUCAACGUAUCUGCUCCCGACGCCCAUGGCAACUACUCAAUGGGACCGUCUAUUAAAACCGUGUUGGGAGCCGUCGAGACAGCAAAGUGUCUGGUCGGUAGGUCAACCAAACUUCCCGUCAGGAAUAAUCUCCUGUUUAAUCCCCUCUGUUAGGCCAGGUUAAUCCCCUUACACCGUUCACCUACGGCGAUUCCCUUUUGCAUGAAAGCAGAUUCAAAUAUCUGGUGCCCAAAUCCAUGCCUAUGCACACUCUUCCCUUGCCGAAGGCUGGAACCGAGGAAGGGAGCAUUGGCAAACUAAUAGCGGAGAACCUAAUUGAUGAUGGAAGCACACUGCAGAUGGGUGAGCUGCAUUUUAUUUAGACAUACAGUAGUGCUCACUCAUCGUUUUUUCUCCAAGCCGUUAUGACAUUUUACAAAAGUAGAGAAGAAAUAAUACAAUACUGAUAGUAAUAAAUACAAGUCUUAGAAUUUUUAGAUGCUUGUAAGGAAAGCACAGCCCUCUUCUCCAAUCACGUUCCCCUCUAUAAAUUUGUCAUUCCUUAAGGAUUAGCAAACGCUAGACCUACGAAAGUCCGUGUUCCAUAGGAGCCUAACAGUUUCUAACCAUCUACUUUGAAAAUCUACCACUCCGAAACUGUAAUGUUGCCUGUUUCAGGUAUCGGUUCAAUACCGGAUAUUGUUCUGUCACUACUGCAUUCCCAUAAAAACCUUGGAAUCCACACUGAAAUGUUCUCCGAUGGCAUAAUUGACCUCUGCGAGACCGGUGUCAUUACUAACGCACUGAAGAAGCUGUACCGGGGCUUCAUUGUUUCCAGUUUCAUACUGGGAAGCGAGCGAGUGUUCUCUUUUGUGGACAAGAAUUCAGACCUAAGUAAGUGUUGCCUAUUGUCCUCACUGGUAAAAAUGUAACCCCUUCGUGGUCAGUUCGGCCGACAUGAUUUUCAAGCGGAAGUCUGUACUGCAGUCCGGCAUGUCUAUUGAUCUUUACGCGAAUGUUGUACGAGUUAUGCACUGUCUUUUCAAAGUGCAAGGUUUGCAAGAGUCUGAUCUCAGUUGACACUUUGUACGUUGGUGGAGGGGCGUUCACCGACCGUUUUUAUGGAACUCACUCGUCCCGUUGGGUCUUAGGGCUCUCACUGCUGCCCUACAGCGGUAUUACACACUUCUGGGGUGAGUGUUGCUGGCUGAUAGUGGCCAAUAAGCCAUAAAUGAACAUUUCAGUCUUCCUUACUUUUGUCGGUAAUGCUGUGCUGCCUAUAAUACUGUUCACUGACCAGGUACUUGCGGAACUCAAAACUGAGUUAAAAGGCAUAACGGGACGAGUGAGUACCGUAAAGCAAUCAGUUAGUGGCCCUCUACCAAACGGGCUAUCCACGACCCGCACAUUGCGUAUGCACUUAUCUGAACAUGCAGUUAAAUAUAACUAUUUAAACUGCCACCUCUAAGGCACAUUGACUUGCGCGUUUAUCUGCCUUUGCAGUUUACCAGUCUCAUCAACACAGCGUUUUGAUUCCUGACCCUAGGUUUGUGACUAAUGACUCCUAAUAAUUCGUCAGAUAGAACGGCCAUGUAUAGCUUGAGGAGCAGGCUAGACCACUUAAACAGCACACUGUUGCAACCAAUUCCACUGGUUAUUCUCACAAGCGCUUAAAGCGCACGUGUCUUUAUUAAAUCGCAUAAAAUCUGAAAAACCUAUGCGUGAAUGCGUUAGGAGGUUAGACUUAAAAUGAUACAGGAAUUAGGUGCAAACGUCCUCAUGACCACAAGUGUUUACUGCUUCUCGAAAAAUCUUUAUAUAUAUGAGUGCAGUUAAGCGGAGUCCGCAGAUUCAUACGAAAAAGGCUAAAAUGGGAGCCGAAAAGUUAGUAUAUUUUUACAUUCAAUACAAAAAGACCGGCACAUAGGAGUAUUAUCCAUCCCAGUGCCUGCGACUUUGUAGGAGAUUUAAGCGAAUGUCAGUUGCGAAUCAAGAGGUGUCUUUAAAAUCCAACAGCCUAAAUAAUAUCCGUGUCCUCGUAAAAUACAGUGAACUAAAUAGAAGUUUAAAAAUUUAGAGUAAGACAGCAGACAUCCACUGCCAAGGAAAUGCUUAAUCAUGGUGAUAGUUAUAUUUUAAAAGAAGUCUACCCUGUUUUAGGUGUUUAGUCCGAGGAAUUUUUGAAUGAGUCUUGCAGUGGAUUAUAUAAGACAUCAGUUGUUUAAGAAAAGGACAGCGUGAACGGCCUCGAACUAUGCACCUAGUGGAACCAAAGAUAGUAUUUUGCGGGUACAUCUAACUGUCUGAUGUGCAGGGUUAUCGAACUACUGUGAAGAGCGAUAAUCAUCGAUGUGAUUUCGCACUAUGUCUCCACGCCAUGUUAAUCCCUCAAGUGGGCGAAAGUUUGUCAGGGGCGCAAUUUCUGGGAAAAACUACGAUAAAACAAUUUUUUCGGUUGCAUCGUGUUGAUGGCCCUCGUAACAUGCAACCAUCCAAGUAGUUGUUGUUCUAUGGGAAGGAGAUAUACUUUCCACAUUUUAGGCUGUCUUUUCCAAAUAUAGAAUCUGCCCAUACUUAAUUAACGGAUACUGUUUAUAGUUGUCAAGAGGGUAAUGGGAAACUUUGAUGCCCAUAUUUCAAUCACAUAGGAUAGUACGUGCGUAUUUCGGGCCACAUAUGACUUGGUUGUGUGUGGGCCGUUUUUUAAAAAAUUGAAAAUUCAUGUUUUUGUCUCAUCGAUUCCAGUAAUGAAGGACGUACAAUGGACAAACGCGCCAGAAAUCAUCGCCCAAAAUCCCAAAGUUGUUGCCAUCAACUCGUGCAUUGAAGUAAGCCUGGCUGGGCACGUUGCCUCCGAUUCCAUCGGCCCAAGAAUAUACUCUGGUUAG